CUUUAUCAAAUAUUGAUCCUAGUUUAAGUUGGACUGAACAUCUUGUUCAUAUUUUUAAAACUUGUCGCUUACAUUAUCAAAGAAAUCUUUUAAAUCGUAAAUUUUCAAACCAAGUUACAAAAUUAAUGCAAAAUAUCUUAACCGCUGAAAGUUAUGAGGAAGUUCAACUAAUUAUAAAUGAGAUAACAUUAUUUAAUGAAAAGGAAAUUAAUGUUGGUGAAACAACUAAUAUAGCUGAAUCAGCACACGCUGACAUUAAUCGUGAUGGAAAAGAAUUAAGUUUGAUGAAUGCAAUUGAAAAACUUGAUAUUCGAAAAUUUACUACCUGUAAAAUUCAAGAUAAAUAUGGAAUAGCAAAAACUGGAAGAAAUAAUGGGCCAAUAUCUCAUGCAUUACAAUCAAUAAAGCAUUAUGAUAAAAAACGCAAUCAACAAUCAUCAACAAAUAAGAACAAACGAAUCAAAUCUAAUUCUACCAAAGGUAACUCUACCAAAGAUAACUCACUAAGUCAAUUAGAACAACAAAUUUUACUUGAAGAACGGCAAUUAGAAAUCGAAGAGAGAAAGGAGAAGCUUAGAGAAAAAAAGCUUCAAAAUUAUGAAAAAGCACGUGAACUAGGUAUUGAGAAAGAAUUAGGAUAUGAAGAUUAA